AGGAUGACGUUCAGCGUAGGUAAAGGAAAUGGAAACCACAGAAAUAAAAUGUACAUCAUUGAAGACUAUGAGACAGUAAGAGAAAUGUGUUUAACAGUGUAACUGGAUGAAGGCUUGUCUAUAUAGAUUUUAAGAACAGUUUGUGCUCAAGAUGGAUUGGUUAUAUUUAAGAAAUACAGCUUUUUUUUCAAGCAUGUUUAUAGUUUUCAUCCUUCAUGUGAGCAUUGACGCACAAGAUCAACCCCAACAAUGUCCUGUUUUUAAAGUUGUGCGGGGUAUUGUUCAUAAAGUCUGUUUAAACAAAUCAUUGAAGAUCUCCUGCAGUCUGAAGACUUGUGAUGAACAGCCCAUCAAUAUUACAUGGACUAAAAUGGAUGACUUGGUCAAAUGGAUGCCAGUAAAAGAAACACAUCAAAUUUCAUCUUCACAGAAGCAUUCUGGUUUAAAAAACAUAACUUCAUAUUUAGUUUUCACAAAUAUAUCAAAGCAUCAUGAGGGCCUCUACAGAUGUGAUUUUAAGCUACCACAUAUGUCAGCAUUCAGCCACCAUAUAAACAUCUCAGUCUCAGAUGACAGCAAUGGAACUGAAAUGUCUUGUGGUGAAAUGACAGAAGCAAAAAGCAAUGAUUUAGAUCCAUGGUGGCUGCCUUAUUUAUUUAUCUGUAUGGGAAUAGUGACUCUGAUUUUCAUUGUAAUGCUCAUCUCCAUCCUGUGCAUCAAUGGAUGUAACUGUUUGAAGAAAAAGGAGACAGAAGCAGUGCAGGUUCAGGAUUCAGAUGAAACACAGCGACACAAGCGUGACCUCCUGAGACCUCCUGAACAAUCUACACCGUAUAAAUCAGAUGAUGCAGAUGAUAUACUGUCCACAAAGAAAGAUAAUCCUUCAAGACAGGUUGUCUAUGCAUCUCUUAACCACUUCAUACCUAAACAGUCAUCAACCACAUCCUGUAGGACUGAAACAGAGUUUACAGAAUAUGCAUCGAUCCGAGUAUCAUGAUCAUGUUCUACUUAAGGUCAAGCUAUAUUUGCUGAAGGUUGUAUUGUGCUUUUACCCAGAGAUACUUUUGUUUGAUUGUACUGUUUUUGUCACGCCAUACCGCCAAACAGGAAGAAGGAGACGCUUGCCUUAUAUUCGUAAUGAUUGCAUAACAUCACAUGAUGGUAUUUAUCUUGUUACAUCACGGAAAAUGUUGCUGUGAGUUCAGGGUGGUUUCUAUAGGUGAAACUCAUACAGAAACCAUGGCUGAUGAAACACAUGCAUAUCUUUAAAAUUCUUAAAAUGCAAUAAUUUCAAUAGAUAUAUGCCUGUUACAAACUUUUAUUUGUAUAAUUUUGGUCGUUUCCGUGUCUUGGUUCAGAUUUGUGUUUUUACAUUUGUAAAUAAAUUGCUUAACCUCCUAAGACCCGAGCUUUGCUUUGGCUUGCAUUUUAGAUUUCUUCCAGCUGUAUUGGGGUUCGGACGAACCAAUAAAUAUUGUAACCAAAUAUUUUUCUUUGAACAUAAAGCAGUGUAAUUGUCCACGUUUGUGUACAACAGGUUCCAUUUAUACAGAAUUAAGUAUUGUGGUGCAAACAACAAAAAUGUGAUGACCACGUAUGUGGACCCACCAGGUCUUAGGAGGUUAAAGUGAAUAGUUAUUCAUUUGAAUAGCAUUUUAUCAGUCAAUAUAUCAUGAAUCACAAACCCUUUUGACAAUAAUUGUCUACAAAAAUAGCUGAUAAUGGCUUAUAGCAAAUAUUAAAGAUAGUAUGUCAAGCUGUGAAUGUACUGUAGUAGUGAUGCUGCUGCAAAUCAAAUUUCAAAAGAUUUUAGUUAGGAGUUUUCUAUUAAAAGUUAUUCACACUGCCUUUCAGAGCUACUCUUAGUAAGGAAAAAUGACAACUCCUAAACUAAGAGUGAGUCUUCGUUGCUACUGAUGAUGUCAAUUCUCAUGCACUAGCUUCCUCGCAAUGACCGCUGUGAUUGGUUGUUAGAUGACAGGGCUAUCAUGCGGAACAUAACACAGACGCACCAAAUCAUGGAAUUACGACAUCGAAAUACCCUAAUGAAAACUAUUAUUGCCUAUUUUGCCUAUACAAUUGCCUAUUAGUGAAAAACAACAUUGCAUUAACACUUGCUUGGUUAAUUGACAUCCUAUUAGCCUAAAUAGACUACUUAAAGCAAGGAAAUGUUGCUUCUAUUGAAGUAGCCUAAUGUAAAAGUUAAAUGACGGUGGAUUAUGAACUCGCCAAAACGGAAAAGAAAGCCCAAUUGGACGCAGGAUCAGUUACUGCUGCUGGCCCAAUUGGUGCUGGGAAAAGAAAUAUAAUAAAAGGGAAAUUCGACACUCGGAUAUAAAGCAAAAGUUGCUAUCCUGUGAGAUAUGGGAGAGGAUUUGUUUGCAGAUCAAUGCAGCAUUCCCGCUUGUGUCGUGGACCCGGGACAACUGCGAGAGGUGGUGAAAUUCAUUACAAUCGGAGUCGAGGGUUGAGAUUGCAGCCUUUAAACGGGCAAGCAUGGCAACAGUAUUAAAUAUAUUAAAUACUGUAUAUAAUAUCAUUAUUGUUUCAUGGAAUUCUAAAAACUUCCUGCUUGUCAUGAAUGUAAUGAAUUAUGAAACAAAUGUCAUAAACAGUAUGCUUACAUUAAAGUGGCUUUUGGAGAAACUGUCCAUUGUAUGUGUUAAGGAGGAUCAGCACCUAAGCCUUUUUACAAUCCUUUGUGAAUAGGUCUUAGUGAGUUAGGGGUCCACUCGGCUUCUUUUAAGCUGUCGCAGACUAAAGGGCUCGUUAUAGUCGUGCGUAGGUCCUACGGCGUAGCUGCGACGGCGUAGGUUCCGCGUCGGUUUUCAUUUAUACUUUUGCGUCGUCGUCCGCGUCGACGUGCAAACACGCGCGCAGGCCGCUGGUAGGCAGUAACCACGCGUGUAACCACAGUAGCAGCACGAACGCCAAAGAAGAAGAAGCUUUGCAAGUUAAGCCACAAACGAAGAAGAAACAGCAACUUGUUGUGUAUAAUUUGAGAAGACCAGAAAUGAUGGAAGUAAAUAAACAGCGACUUUUGUUGCAGUUUGAGUUAAAUCACUCCUCAACUUGGCCAUUCUUUGUUUUCACCGUCGCAAACGGAAAUACCUGUGACACAGUUUUUUUACCUAACAGGAGGGGUUCUGGUGGACCAAUCACAGCGCUUGCGGUCCGCGUAGAACUGACGCGCUGUUAAAAAUUUUGCGAUGUGCGCGUCAGGCUACGUAGCUACGGCGUAGAACCUACGCACGACUAUAAAUUGCCCUUUAGGUGCUACUUUUAGGCUAAAAUGCUUCGUGAAUUACUCUUAGUGAAUAAAAUUGGGAGUCCUAAAAUUAGGAGUGACACGCCCAUAUAUUUUGCCAGUUAGGAGCUACUUUUAGCCUUAAAAUUAUUUGUGAAUACGGCCCCAGGUGUCUACAUUAAACACCAUUAGUAUAUAUAACAAAGUUAUGGCUGCUGGACAGUAAAGUGUGCACAUGCACAUCAGUUUUGCUGCAGGGAAGUUUGUGGAGAUUAUAUACUAGUUCCUGUAAUGAAGUGGUUAAAAGCUGUGGUCUGGUGACUAAAUUGUUGCAGGUUCACACCUAAAAAAAUUCACAGCGAUGUGCUCUUAAACAAAACAUUUAUUCUUAAAUUACUGAAGGGCAUUGCGUCUCUAACUAGAUUGUACUGUAAGUCACAGAAACAUUUCACAAGGCAUCCUUAGCGACCCAGAGAGGGUCAUGAAUGCUUAUAUUGGCACAAGCAGUUAAUAAAAACAAGUCUGGCCAGCUCCGACACUACAGCAUUGCAGAUUACUGUUAAGCAGGGGUUGGGAACUUUUUCUUAUCUGAAGAGGCAACCGGAACUGAUCGCGGUCAUUUUAGUCAACGCUUGUGUUUACACCAGAUGCGCCGUGGCACAUUUCAAAAGCGUCCCAGAAGCGGCUCUCCGCGCUGCUUCAUUAAAGAUAGGCGCCUAGUCUAUUUUCGACAUGUGCCGCGUAGCCGCACCGUAAAUACAAAAUAAAAGUCAAAUAUACUGUCAAUUUCAAAAUAAACACCCCGUGCAGACUCCCGUAUUUCACAUCAUCUUGCUCACAGGCACUGUAUGUUAAAUGUACAUUAUUGAGGAUGUGUUUUAGAUGAAUAUGCAUAGCUAAAUACUUUAAUAUAUAACAGAAUUUUUAAGUGUAUUCACUUUUUUGACUACAGAACAACAAAAUAGGACAUUGCAAAAUACAAAACAAAGAAUAAAAAUAUUAACAUUUAGCCAACUUAUCCAUGUUAGAACUCAGAAAAUCAAGAAAAACAACGUCUGACAGAAAAAUCACAUGAUGACGCGGUCCUACUGCUGCUCUUCUGAUCCGCUUUUUGUUUGAGUUGGCACCGCGUAGAAGAUGAAACAAAGGCACCUCGAAACCAUAACAUACCGCAAAUGCUUGCAGUGUAUUUCAGGGGUUAAAGUUCCUGUUUUCAGGCACACCUGAUUCACAUUCAUCUUACUACUUUCAGCAGAGACCUGUACUGUGUCUGAAUUCACAUACUUCCCUUUAGGGAGUGAGAAUCAGUUUACAAAAUGAGAAAUAUGUUCAACAUUUCAGAAUAAAUAAAACAGGUUGUGAGAAAUACCUGGAUGGUCCACUGCUUCCCCAGAGAAAAUCCAAAAGGUUAAAAGGUAAAAAACAACUGUAGCUACUGUAAGUGAUAUGUAAAGAAAUGUUUUGUAGUUAAUUGUGACCCUGUCUGUAAAAUCCAGAUUAAAUUUUUAUUUGAUCUUUGACUGAUCUUACAGUCAGUAUUUAAAACAUCAAAUGAGAAAAGGUUGUUAGGUUGUUUGUGCAAGCACCUCAUUACGACGUAAAGUGACAUAUUGAGGGAUUAGUAUCCUCUAGCAGCAGUAGUUUAUACGACCUGUUGUUACGUUUUAAGGUUUUUGGCCUUAUACAUCAAAUUAGACACAUUUAAUUUUAUGAAUUUGUAAAUGUAGAAACGGUUUUAAAGAUAUUUUGGAGCAUCUAACCACACCCUCACCCUAAACCACUUCUAAAACACAACACACACUGCAAAAUUUUUCGUUGUGAAUUCACAGUAAAUAAAUGGAUACAUUUUGCAUGACUUUCACAGCAAGGAUUACAGAAAUAUACUGUGAAAAUACUCACAGCAAUUUACUGUGAUGUUAUAUCUGUGAUAUUACAAUGCAUUGAUGUAAAAGCACAACUGUAUACUGUAACUUCACAGCUUCAAUGGCAAAGCAAUUACUGUGAUAUUACAAUACAUUACUGGGGAAUUACAA